CCCGCUGUGGCCGUGGCGCUCCCGCCCUGUCAGGGCCGCGGCCUGAGGGGAAGCGUCCGCGGGUUCUGAGGCGGAGGUGCUGCCCUCGGCCCGACGGGCCUCCCUGGGACACUGGAGAUCCGGGGGCUGCCCGCGGAGACUCAUCCCGGGAUGCUUCAGGCCUUAGCAUCCACCCAGGGCAGCAGCGAGUGGAGCGAUUGCCCCACGGUGCAGCGAGCGGAGGAUGCUCAGGCUGAUGCCGAGUCACAAAAUCAGGGCAAACAACUAAAGAUGUCUUCCUAUUUGGCUCAGGAGGCUCGCCUUGCUAGAAGACAUGAGGAGAUACUGUCUCAGAGAUCAGAGCUGCUACAGCAGAUGGAGACUUAUCUAAGAGACAAAAAGACUAAAAAGACAUGGCAAACUCAAGCAGCUGAUGCAGCUCAUAAAAGGAAUGCAGCACUUUUAAAUGAUCUAGAAGCAGCAGAAAAAAAGCUGCGAGAAAGAGUGAAUUUACUUCCACAUCCCAAUACUGUUAAGUUAGAAACUCUGUAUUUGGCAUCAAUAAAAGAUUCUCUUCCCAAGUGGGAAGAGUUUCUUUUAGGAAGAGCAGAAGUUCCUAUUGGCUUUAAGAAAAUGAAAGCUACAAAGCAGAACAUAAACUACCCAGAAGAAGAUUCACAGAAAUAAACAUUCUAGUUUCAUUUUUGUCAUUUAUCACUUAAGCAGAGAAGAUCAUCCAGAUCAGGCAACAGAAUCAUGCCAUUAAACUGAAAUGUAAAUAAUUUAAAUGAAAAUGAAUUAUAUUGGAUAUUUUGA